AUGAGUGCCCAACCAGAAGAACCAACAACAGCUCCCAAAGAGCUGUCGUUUGCUGAGAAACAAGCGGAACGCAUGAAAAGGCUGCGAUCCCUGCAUACUGCUAGAAACGAAGCAAGGACACAAAAUCAUCAAGAAGUGGUUGCUGAGGAAGCAAGGAAUAAGCUUCCGCCCAACUAUGAAGCGAAGCGACGACAAGCUGAAUGGCUGCUCGACGACCAAGCGAAGCGUCAAGAAGCAGAGAAAGCAGGAAAAGAUUACGACAGAGUGAAACUAUUGAAUAUAUCAGCAGUUGAGGCUGAGCGACUUGAACGUAAAAAGAAGAAGAAGAAUCCUGAUGAAGGAUUCUCCACAUAUGAACAAGCUACAGUAAGGCAAUACAACAGACUGGUUAAAAACAUGCCUACAGCUGACAUGGAACAAUAUGAGAAACAGAAACAGAAGUAUGGUGAUGCUUUCUAUGGUGGACCUAAUGUUAUCAUUCAUGGGAUGCAUAAGGACCGGAAAGAAGCUGUUGACAAGAUGGUUGAAGACUUAGAAGGACAGAUUGCUAAAAGAGCUCGCUUCUCUAGAAGACGCGGGUACAAUGAUGACGCAGAUGUUGACUAUAUCAAUGACAGAAAUGCCAAGUUCAACAAGAAAUUGGAGAGAUUUUAUGGGGAGCAUACAGCUGAAAUUAAACAAAAUUUAGAGCGUGGUACAGCAAUUUAA